AUGAACAAAAUUCAGCAAAUCAACGAUAAAGAACUACAAAGUGGAAUUCUUAGCCCGCAUCAAUCAUGGCAUAAUGAAUAUAAGGAUAAUGCUUAUAUAUAUAUCGGAAAUCUCAACCGAGAAUUAACAGAAGGUGACAUAUUGACAGUCUUUUCUGAAUAUGGAGUCCCUGUAGAUGUAAUUCUUAGCAGGGAUGAAAACACAGGAGAAUCGCAAGGUUUUGCAUAUUUGAAAUAUGAGGAUCAACGGUCAACGAUUCUAGCAGUCGAUAAUUUAAAUGGAUUUAAAAUUGGCGGUAGAGCCCUCAAAAUUGAUCAUACUUUUUAUAGGCCAAAAAGGAGUUUACAAAAAUACUAUGAAGCUGUAAAGGAAGAAUUGGAUCGAGAUAUAGUUUCGAAGAACAAUGCUGAGAAACUCAUUUUGGCUAAAAAGGACCAACCAAAUUAA